UACAAUAACUAAAAUAUGCCCAAACAAUUUAUAUGAUGCAUCAGAUGGUUUGUUUAGAAGAAAAAUCUCUAUUUCUGAGGGUUAAAUAAAUGAUGGUAGAAUUUGCUAUUAAUUAGUGCAUGUGUAGGGGUUGAUCUUUUGAAGAUAUAGAAAUGAUUUCGGACCCUUAUCUCUUUAAUCCAGUUGUCUGAGUCUUCUAGCACGUACAAUAGACGCCAAAUUGGAGAAAAACUGGGGUGUAUCACAAUGUUAUAUGUAUCUACAACUAAGACUGUGUACUAUAAAUACAUCACCCCAUAUCUUUCUUUCAUCGUAUUCUCAUAUAUACUUCAUUAGUUUAUCGUCUCUCUCUCUUCAUUAUGGAGCUUAGCUUUAAGCACCAAAUUGGCCUUGUUUGUAUCAUAUUGCUCUUUCCUGCACUGUGUUACUGCCAGGAAUAUACUAAAUCCAGAGCAACCUUUUAUAGUACAUCAGAUGGUUAUGGGACUCCAACGGGAGCUUGUGGAUUUGGAGAAUAUGGAAGGAAGAUGAAUUGGUACGAUGGAAGUGUCGCAGGAGUCUCUGGGCUGUGGAGGAAUGGAGUUGGCUGUGGGACAUGCUAUCAGGUAAAGUGCCUUAUAGAAAAGCUAUGCGAUGAGAAUGGAGCAUACCUGGUGGCAACAGACCAGGGUUACGGAGACAACACAGACUUCGUGAUGAGCCCACGCGCCUUCACAGAACUGGGACGUGAUGAGAAUGCUUACGAAGAGCUUAAGAAAUACGGUACAGUGGAUAUUGAAUACAGAAGGGUUCCUUGUACCUAUACCGGCAACGUCGUGUUCUAUAUCAAGGAAACUAGCAGCAACCCUGGUUACUUUGCUGUUGUCCUUCUGAAUGUCAACGGAAUAAACGACGUGACUGCGGUUGAAAUGUGGCAGUCUGGAGAAUGGAAGGCACUUAACAGAAACUAUGGAGCAGUGUUUGACUUUGCUAACCCUCCGAGUGGCGAGAUCAGGUUGAGGUUUAAGGUGAGUGGCCUGUCUGAUUGGGUGGACCCCAAGAUUGUCAUUCCUAGUUACUGGCAGCCAGGAAGCACUUAUGUCACCGAGGUUCAGCUUAAAUAGAAACAACAAUCUCAACAACAUAUAUAUUGCAAAUAAUGGCACUGUUAUUCAGUUCGUUUCUGAUAGUAUCUGCCACUCUCUCAAGAACAUAUAUGUUGCAAAUAAUGACACUGUUAUUCAGUUCGUCUCUGAUAGUGUGUGCCACUCAAUGUUCUCUUGUUAGAAAGGGGAGAUCCAUGUACUUCCCAUUACGAAUGAAAAUAAAUGUGUUUGUUUGGGAUAA